UAUACAGUUAAAUUACGUUUAUUGUUGCUGUCAAAGGAAGAAUGAGCCAUGAAUUGCACUUUCUCCAAGAGAGAGUGAAUCUGUUUUGGAUUGGUCGUUACCAUCAUUGGAAAGGUAGUGAUAGCUGUCAAAAUUUCACCAUUUACAAAAUGUUGUCAAAUACAAAAGGUUUGUCAAAUUCCUUGGGAAGCAUAGUUGGACAGUAGUCUUCAAGCCAUGGCACACAUUUUCAUUUGGAUUUAACUCGAGGCUCUGACUGGGCCACUCAAGGACAUUUACCUUGUAAUUCCCUUGCCACUCCACUGGCUGUGUCAUGCUGAAAGUUUACUGUCUACUGUUAUAGUUUCAGGUUUUUUUGCUUCUUCUGUGCAUUGCUCUAUUUUCCCUUCCCCAAUUCAACACAGGUGGGGGCCAAAUACAUUGUUGUGUGAUUUUAAAUUAUUUUUAGGAUUGCUACUACAAGUGGGGUGAAAACUUAUCCAAUCAUGAUAAUUCAGGUUUGUAUUUUUUACAUACAACUGAGCCGGAGCCCCAUCUUCCAUACCCACAGUUGUCAGUACCUUGUCAACCAACUGUCCAUUGCCCUGUUGCUUCUAGGCUCCCUUGAGACUGAACCAGGAAAAUUACUAUGUGUACCAUUCAGCCGAAGACCAGCUGAUCUAAAAAUCAGCUGGAUACAUGUUCGCUGAUAACUUAUAUGUCAUACAUUCACAGAUGACCACCAUUAUUUUUUUAUUCAAAGGAGAACCACUGCACAAGCUAAACAGAAGCUGAGAGGAUGAAUAUUCUGGUCAAAUUUACAACCUUUACAUAGUGUAUAUUAUAUGUUAUUAGCCACUGUUUUAUCUGGCAUUGGGGCCUGAUUGUGUCAGUAUGUGAUUACCUUCAAUCUUCUGGAAAUGAUCCCAACCCUUUAAAUGGCUGUCUUUUCUCUAGUUCUCUGGAACUGACUCAUUUGACCUUGAUAAAAAAAAUAAAAAGAGACUGUAACAGGCUGAGAACCAGCCCCACUUUCUCUCUUCCAGCGUGACACUAUCCUAUAAAAAUCAAGGCUAUCACUCCGCUCUUCACUACAACAUAUGAUCACUACUGCCUCAAUUGCACCAGGAAAGAACAAAGCCACAGUAAUGGAAGGCAACAUACCACAUGAUGAAGGCAGUGCAUCUGUUAGUAACGUAACUGGUGAAGGCAGGGCAAACACUGGCAACACAUCAGGCAGUGGAAGCAUUAAAUCCAUUGGCAACAUAUCAGCCAGUGGAAGCAUUAAAUCCAUUGGCAACAUUUCAGGCAGUGGAGGCAUUACCUCGGUUGGUGACAUAUCAAGUGGUGGAGGCAUUAAAUCCAUUGGCAACAUAUUCUGCGGUGGAGGCAGUACCUCCAUUGGCAACAUAUCAGGUGGAGGCAUUAAAUCCAUUGGCAACAUAUCAGGUGGAGGCAUUAAAUCCACUGGAAAAAUAUCAGGCAGUAAAGGCAUUAAAUCCAUUGGCAACAUAACAGGUAGUGGAGGCAGUACCUCCAUUGGUAAAAUAUCAGGCAGUGGAGACAUUGAAGCCAUUGGCAACAUAUCAGGUGGUGGAGGCAGUACCUCCAUUGGUGACAUUUCAGGCAGUGGAGGCAAAAAAUCCAUUGGCAACAUAUCAGGUGGUGGAGGCAGUAUCUCCAUUGGCAACAUAUCAGCCAGUGGAGGCGUUGAAGCCAUUGGCAACAUAACAGGCGAUGAAGACUGUUUCUCCAUUGGCAACAUAUCAGGUGGUGGAGGAUAUUGGAGCCAUUGGCAACAUAUCAGGUGGUGGAGGCAAAAAAUCCAUUGGCAAACAUAUCAGGCAGUGGAGGCAGUACAUCCAUUGGCAACAUUUUGGUGAUGGAGGCAAUAAAUCCAUUGGCUAACAUAUCAGGCAGUAGAGGCAUUAAAUCAUUGGCAACAUUUCGCGUGGUGGAAGGUAAUAAAUGCAUUGGCAACAUAUCAGGCAGUGGAGGCAUUACUUCUAUUGGCGACAUUUCCGGUGGUGGAGGUAAUAAAUCAAUUGGCAACAUAUCAGGCAGUAGAGGCAUUAAAUCCAUUGGCAACAUAACAGGCGGUGGAGGCAAUAAAUCCAUUGGCAACAUAUCAGGCAGUGGAGGCAGUACCUCCAUUGGCAACAUUUCCGGUGGUGGAGGCAAUAAAUCUAUUGGCAACAUAUCAGGCAGUGGAGGCAGUACUUCUAUUGGCAACAUUUCCGGUGGUGGAGGUAAUAAAUGCAUUGGCAACAUAUCAGGCGGUAGAGGCAGUACCUCCACUGGUAACAUAUCAGGCGGUGGAGGCAAUAAAUCCAUUGGCAACAUAUCAGGCAGUGGAGGCAGUUCCUCCAUUGGCAACAUUUCUGGUGGUGGAGGUAAUAAAUGCAUUGGCAACAUAUCAGGUGUUGGAGGCAGUACCUCCAUUGGUAACAUAUCCGGCGGUGGAGGCAAUAAAUCCAUUGGCAACAUAUCAGGGGGUAGAGGCAGUACCUCCGUUGGCAACAUAUCAGGCAGUGGAGGCAUUAAAUCAAUUGGCAACAUAACAGGCGGUGGAGGCUGUACCUCCAUUGGUAACAUAUCUGGCGGUGGAGGCAUUGGCAACAUAUCAGGUGUUGGAGGCAGGACCACCAUUGGUGACAAUUCAGGCAGUGGAGGCAUUGAAGCCAUUGGCAACAUAUCAGAUGGUGGAGGCAUUAUAUCCAUUGGCAACAUAUCAGGCGGUGGAGGCAGUACCUCCAUUGGCAACAUAUCUGGUGGUGGAGGCAUUAAAUCCAUUGGAAAAAUAUCAGGUGGUGGAGGCUGUACCUCCAUUGGCAACAUUUCAGGCGGUGGAGGCAUUAUAUCCAUUGGCAACAUAUCAGGUGGUGGAGGCAAUAAAUCUAUUGGCAACAUAUCAGGCAGUGGUGGCAGUACCUCCAUUGGUAACAUUUCUGGUGGUGGAGGCAAUAAAUCCAUUGGCAACAUAUCAGGCAGUGGAGGCAGUUCCUCCAUUGGCAACAUUUCUGGUGGUGGAGGUAAUAAAUGCAUUGGCAACAUAUCAGGUGGUAGAGGCAGUACCUCCAUUGGUAACAUAUCCGGCGGUGGAGGCAAUAAAUCCAUUGGCAACAUAUCAGGGGGUAGAGGCAGUACCUCCGAUGGCAACAUAUCAGGCAGUGGAGGCAUUAAAUCCAUUGGCAACAUAACGGGCGGUGGAGGCUGUACCUCCAUUGGUAACAUAUCUGGCGGUGGAGGCUGUACCUCCAUUGGUAACAUAUCUGGCGGUGGAGGCAUUGGCAACAUAUCAGGUGUUGGAGGCAGGACCACCAUUGGUGACAAUUCAGGCAGUGGAGGCAUUGAAGCCAUUGGCAACAUAUCAGGUGGUGGAGGCAUUAUAUCCAUUGGCAACAUAUCAGGCGGUGGAGGCAGUACCUCCAUUGGCAACAUAUCUGGCGGUGGAGGCAUUAAAUCCAUUGGAAAAAUAUCAGGUGGUGGAGGCUGUUCCUCCAUUGGCAACAUUUCAGGCGGUGGAGGCAUUAUAUCCAUUGGCAACAUAUCAGGUGGUGGAGGCAGUACCUCCAUUGGCAACAUACCCGGCGGUGGAGGCAAUAAAUCCAUUGGCAACAUAGCAGGCAGUGGUGGCAGUACCUCCAUUGGCAACAUAUAUGGCAGUGGAAGUAUUGAAUCCAUUGGCAACAUAUCAGGAGGUGGAGGCAGUACCUCCAUUGGCAACAUAUCAGGCAGUGGAGGCAUUAAAUCAGUUGGCAACAUAUCAGGUGGUCGAGGCAAUAUCUCCAUUGGUAACAUAUCAGGUGGUGGAGGCAUGAAAUCCAUUAGCAACAUAUCAGGUGGUGGAGGCAGUUCUUCCAUUGGCAACGUAUCCCAUGGUCCAGGCAGCACUUCUAUUGGCAAAGUGACCAGCUGCACCAUCCAUGACAAUGGUAGUUCCGCCAAAAACUGAUCAUCAUCCUUGCUAAAAGGGAUAAAGGUUGUCAAGACCGGAGCGAUCUGGAUGGAUGUGGACAAGAUGGACCACCACCAUUUAUUAAUCACAAGUGAAACUACAGAGAUCAUCAUAGAUCUAAUGAAAGACAAAUGAAAUCACUAAUUUGUUCUUACUGCUUUGUGCUUCCAGAUUCUAAGGGUACAGCGGAAAUCAGCAAUGUAACCAUUCUAGUUUUUGACAAAUUAAUACUCUCUCAGUGUAAAUUAUCUUUGUCUGACAAAAUUGAGCAUUUCACAAGCCUGUUAGUUUACAAGGUUUUAUGCAUAGUGCCUACUGCAAAGUUUGGUGGAGGAGGGAUAAUGGUCUGGGGCUGUGUUUCAGGGUUUGGACUAGGCCCCUUAGUUACAGUGAAGGGUCCUUUAAUGCUAAAGAAUACAAAGACAUUUUUGACAAUCGGGUGUUUCCUACUUUCUGGCAACAGUUUGGGGAAGGCCCUUUCCUGUUUCAGUAUGACUGUGCCUCUAUGCACAAAGCGGAGUCCGUAAAGACAUGGUUCGAUGAGGUUGGUGUGAAGGAACUCAAGUGGCUUGCCAUAUAACUCUAUAUGGACAAGCCAUAUAACUCAACACCAGUGAAAACCUUUGUGGUGAAAUGGAACGGCGAUUGGGAUUCUGUCAGUCAGCUUCAUCAGGAAGUCCCCUGGAAUGAUUUUCCAAGUCUUGAAGUUGUUACCACAUAUGCUGAGCACUUGCUGGCUGCUUUUCUUAGACUCUAUGGUUCAACUCAUCCCAAACAUAAAAUAAAAAAUGACUUGCAUACAUGGCAUAAAUGUCCCCCUGGAGACAUCUGUGAUGGUACCUAAACUGUAUGUCUUAUGUCUUUACUCUGUGUUUUUUUUAUUCUGUUUUUAAUCAUUGAAUCUAACCUGUAUAUGUAAACUUGUAUACACAGGGUCCGGCUGUAAAAGAGACCUUGGUCUUGUUGAAAUAAAUAUUUAAUAAAUAUUUAAUGUUCCUUUUUGAAAUAA